UACAACUUCAAUCACCAGUACAGCAUCCUCACCCCCGUCAACCACUAGUCAAUCAACUCUUACUCCAACGACAAGUUGUACUGUAGAGAGAGCAAUUGGAUUACUUUAUGAUAUGGCUCCGUAUAAUGGAGUGAACUAUCGAGAGAUCAACGGCCGUUUCAUGACCGACUACUUCUUGGCAAAUCCAGUUUUCACUGAUAGAACUCAAUUCGCGAUGGUCCCUUUCCCGGACAGUGAUUAUCUAGUUGGAAAUGGCUACGGAACACCAUAUUUCAUAUGGGUCCGCGCGAUUUUCCCGCAAUUCUUGUACUGGCAAAACGCGGAAUCACCGAACUCCACCGAUCACAAUUUAGCGAUAGGGUUGCAACAAUUCGGUUCCACUUCCAACCCUUUGCCCACCCUCAUCAUCCUCAUAAAUGAUAAUUUCGAGGUAUCGCAAGCAGUGACUGAUGCGAAACGAUUGAAAGAAGAAAAUGGAUACACACUUGUUACAGUCAGUAUUGGUCGCAACUUCGACAUGAGCUCGAUCUCCUCUGGUUCACAAUUUGAAUUCUCCAUGCCAGAUUUCAGUCCGGCGACAAUGCUUCGUUUAGCCCAAGAGAUUGUCGAUUCACUGACAGUUCCUUGUGCAUCAGGCUCAACGAUGGCAUCAAGCUUAUCAACAGGAAAUUUUGUCGAAACUACACUAGGAAAUGUAUCGACCAGCGAAAAUCCAAGUACAACAACAAUUGCAUCAACCCCGAGUGCUCCCAUAAAUUCAUCAACGUCUACAACUUUUUCGGGCUCGACAACCACAACAACACCUCAACCGACAGGCUAUUCUCCAUCGAAAGGCUCAACAGCUGAGAAUACAGCUACAGUAACACCAUCAACAAGUGCAGAAACGACAACAACGAUUACUGUAACCACUUCACCGACCACCACAACCCCAAUCCAACGAAGUAUAGCCAUCGUUUGGGAUGUGUCGUUUAAUGGAGGGAAUAACAGAACGGAAGAGGCAAUUUUCACUUUUGUGAACGCGUUCUUGUUGAGGAAUUCUUGGUGGACCGGGUUGUCUUAUUCGGUUAUUCCAUUCCCCGAUACACUCAAAUACCAAUCACAAAAUUAUGAUACUCAAUUUAAAUCCUCAGUUCGUGAUGUGGCAAGCUUGAUGAGUCGAGAAAGGGGAGCACCUCCAACACCGAAUAAUGUAUCCGAUAUUAAUAGUGCUCUUGUCCUUCUCGAAUAUCAACCAACCGUCAUUCGACCCACAAUUUUACUCUUCUCAAGCAGUGAUUCCCUAGUUUCGGAUGCUCAAUCAACAGCUGCAACUUUGAGAAAUACAUAUGGAUAUGAUAUAUUUGCAGUCGGAGUCGGCUCUCAACUCGAUUUUGGAUCAAUUCCCUCAAGUCCCUCAAAUGUUUUCACAAUGGAUUCCCAUUUGGAUCCAAAUACUUAUCCAUUGUUGGUCGAUCAGAUAACUGAUGCGAUGAAUCGAGUGGAUACAACCACAACAGCAGCGACAACACCCACGCCCACAACUGCUUGUCCACCGGGAACUCCAAUCCAGCGAAGUGUGGCUAUUGUUUGGGAUGUUUCUUUCAAUGGAAAUAACAAUCGAACUGAAGAGGCCAUUUUCACCUUUAUCAACUCAUUCCUUUUACGGUCAAACCCCGAAUGGACAAAUGUCGUUUUCUCUGUCAUUCCAUUCCCCGAUCCUCUCGCCUAUACACAAACAAAUAUCGAUUAUGCGUUCAAAUCAACUCUCCGAAACGUGUUAACGUUAAUGGGAGCGGAAAGAAGUCGACCACCACCGCCAAAUAACAUCUCUGACAUUAAUAGUGGUUUAACGCUACUCGAGUCUCGGCCAAGCGUUCCGUUACCGACGGUGCUUCUUUUUGCAAGCAGUGAUGACUUGGUCAAUGAUGCCGAGUCAAGUGCAAACAGUCUGAAGAAUGAUUUUGGAUAUGAGAUUUUUGCCGUGGGUGUCGGUGCUCAACUCAAUUUUGGAACAAUUCCAUCAAAUCCUUCAAAUGUUUUCACAAUGGAUUCUCAUUUGGAUCCAAGCACUUAUCCCGAUUUAGCUAAAACAAUUACAAAGGCUAUGAUUUCGUGUAUUGAUGUGACAGCUACGACAAGUGUCACAACAAUCAUGGCUGAGACAAUCACAACAACACCUCAACCGACAGGCUAUUCUCCAUCGGAAGGCUCAACAGCUGAGAAUACAGCUACAGUAACCCCAUCAGCAACGGCAAUUUUCACUUUUGUGAACGCGUUCUUGUUGAGGAAUUCUUGGUGGACCGGAUUGUCUUAUUCGGUUAUUCCAUUCCCCGAUACACUCAAAUACCAAUCACAAGAUCUUGAUUAUCAAUUUAAAUCCUCAGCUCGUGAUGUGGCAAGCUUGAUGAGUCGAGAAAGGGGAGCACCUCCACCACCGAAUAAUGUAUCCGAUAUUAAUAGUGCUCUUGUCCUUCUCGAAUAUCAACCAACCGUCAUUCGACCGACGAUUUUACUCUUCUCAAGCAUCGGAGUCGGCUCUCAACUCGAUUUUGGGUCAAUUCCCUCAAGUCCCACAAAUGUUUUCACAAUGGAUUCCCAUUUGGAUCCAAAUACUUAUCCAUCGUUGGUCGAUCAGAUAACUGAUGCGAUGAAUCGAGUGGAUACAAUCACAACAACAGUGACAACACCCACGCCCACAACUGCUUGUCCACCGGGAACUCCAAUCCAGCGAAGCGUGGCUAUUGUUUGGGAUGUUUCUUUCAAUGGGAAUAACAAUCGAACUGAAGAGGCCAUUUUCACCUUUAUCAACUCAUUCCUUUUACGUUCAAACCCUGAAUGGGCCAAUGUCGUUUUCUCUGUCAUUCCAUUCCCCGAUCCUCUCGCCUAUACACAAACAAAUAUCGAUUAUGCGUUCAA